AUGACGGACGAGCGAAGCCACGCCAGCACCACGAGGGAAGGUGUGGUCAGAGCUCUGAGGUUUACGAGACACUUCUUUGCUGGAAGUUACCACAGUUCCUUCCUCUCCCCUCACCACACGCCUCACAGGAUGUUUCGCAAUGCCGUGAGUGUAAGGAAGUCUUCGACACGCCCAGUGUACACUUUGCACUCGGUCGCUCUCGGCCGGCGCUGGGCCUCACAUUUUGGAGAUGUUCGCAGCAGAAUGGAGGAGAUCUCCGAGACCGACGGCAGAACAGAAUCUACGACAUUCCGGAGCUCCUUCCGAGCCGCAACCAGAGGGAUAGUAAAUGCUCCCUCGCUGGUCAGCAGCACCUUUUCGGCUCCAGUUACCUUUAACUUCAACACCAGCACUGGAGAAACCGGAAAGGGUUCCGGUGUUUGUGGAGAGGCAAGAAGACACCACAACGUCCGCAAUGAGCUCAAGUCCUGCACCAAAAAGCGCUGUGCCAAGGUCUACGAAGGGACCUCGGAGGGAGGCUGCAGCAUGGCGCUGAACGACAUCUACACGGAGCUCUACAUCGUCGAAGGGCACACCGGAGGCAUAAGCCAGGAACAUGAAAUCUGGCAGAUUGAAGCUAUGUCGAGGGUCAUCAGCGAGGAUACUCCGGUGAAGUUCAACAAGAUCUUCGGCGUGGACUCUCAGAAUCGGCGGACGGUGUUGACCUUGGGGAUCGCAGGAGUAGGGAAGACGGUGUCCGUGCAGAAGUUCGCUCUUGAAUGGGCUGAAGGGAAAACCAACGAGGAUCUUGACUUUGUCUUCCUGAUGCCUUUUAGAGACUUGAACCCUAUUAUGGAAGAGCGGUACAGCUUGUUCACGCUACUCUGUUACUUCUACCACGUGUUGGACUUGAGGGUCGAGGACAUGGACGAGCUGGAUGCUUGUAACGUCAUGUUCGUCUUCGAUGGCCUGGACGAGAGCUGCCUCGCCCUGAACUUAGCGAGUAAUAAAAUGAUAUGUGACGCGACCGAGGUGUCAACGGUCUACCUGCUCUUGGUCAACAUCAUUGCCGGAAACUUGCUCCCAAGCACCCGCAUUUGGAUAACCUCCAGACCGGCCGCCGCCCAUCAGAUACCCAGUAAGUUCGUGCAGCUCGUGACGGAGGUUCGGGGUUUUGGAGACGAUCAGAAGGAGGAAUACUUCAGGAAGAGAAUCAGCGAUCGAAAACGAGCCGACAAGGUCAUCUCACACAUCCGGAGGUCCAAGAGCCUCUACAUCAUGUGCCACAUUCCGGUCUUCUGUUGGAUAUCCGCGACCGUCCUCGAACAAAUGAUAGACAACGAUGACGUCUCUCAGAAACAGGAGAACGAGGACGUCCCGAUGACUCUCACUGGGAUGUACACUAACUUCAUGCUGUACCAGACGGACCUCAAACUUCAAAAGUACCCAAGAAGGUACCAUGGAAGCCCGGAGAAAGGCGCUGAUCAUUCGUGGGAGAUCCUGAAGCUGGCGGAGCUGGCGUACAAGAACCUCACGAGGGAGAAGUUCAUAUUCUUCGAGAAAGAUCUGCAAGAGUGCGGCAUUGACGUGGAAGCGGCAUCCGUUUACUCCGGGAUGUUCACUGAGGUUUUCAGGAAGGAGAAGACGUUGUUCAGGUCCAAGGCUUUCAGCUUCGUGCAUUUGAGCAUCCAGGAGUUCCUCGCCGCCGUGUACGUCUUUUACUCGUACAGCACGAAGAGGAAGAACGUCCUUGGGCAAGACGUAGUCAAGAAAAUUAAAUGGCAGGUGAAAAACGGCUUAUCCGAUCUGCACAAACUGGCCAUCAAGAAGAGUUUGCGGAGCCAAACGGGACACUUGGAUCUCUUCCUACGCUUCCUUCUGGGUAUCUCCUUGCAGUCCAAUCAGCUCCUUUUGAGCACGAUCUUCCCGCAACUCGUCCCGACAGGAGGGUUUGAGAAAACGAUACGCUUCAUCAGGAAGGAGGUAAGGAAGAAGAUCUCGCCCGAGAGGACCAUCAACCUGCUGCACUGCCUGAACGAGAUGAACGACACCUCGUUGGUGGAGGAGAUCGACAGCUACGUGUCGACCCGGGUGGACCAUCAGCUCAGUCCCACAGAGUGCUCGGCCCUCGUCUACCUCCUGCUCAUGUCGGCUGAGGAGCUGAUCGAAUUUGAUCUGAGGAGAUAUCUGAAGUCAGACGAGGGGCUGCGACGAAUGAUGCCGCUGGUUCUCGCCUCUCGGAGAGCUCUGCUGAACGAGUGUAAUCUGACCAGGCUGAGCUGUAAGGUCCUAGCAAGCGCCUUCAGCUCCAGGAUGUCCCACCUGAAAGAACUGGACCUGAGCAACAACGAUCUGCAAGAUGCUGGAGUAGAGCUGCUGGCUCAAGGGCUCAAGAGUCCACACUGCAAACUCCAGACUCUCAAGUUGUGCGGGUGUCUCCUGACCGAGAAGGCGUGUUCGUUUCUGGCGUCGGCUCUCAAGUCGGACUCCUCUCAGCUCAGAGAACUCGAUCUGAGUCAGAACCAGCCUGGAGAAAAGGGCGUGAAGAUGAUCGUGUCCAUACUGGAAACCACGGAUUACAGACUGGAGGAGCUGAAAGCGGACAUUGGAGUGAUCCGGAAGAGGACAAGCUUACAGAAAUACAAGUGUCGGCUCACACUGAACCCCAACACGGCGCAUCGAUCCCUCAGUCUGUACGACCGAGACACGGCGGUGGUCUGGAGCCUGGAGGACACGCCGUACCCCGACCACCCCGACAGGUUUCAGAGCUGGAGGCAGGUUAUGUGCCGGGAGGCUUUAUCCGGUCGACAUUACUGGGAGGUGCAGUGGGGCGGGAGCGUCUUCGGGAUCAACCUGGGAGUCACGUACGAAGGGAUCGGCCGGAUCGGAGAGGCCAACGUGUGCCUGGCCGGUCACAACAAGAACUCCUGGAGCCUGCGCUGCUCCCUGUACACCUACACGGCGAUGCACAACGGCCCGCAGUUCACCUUCGACAAGGCGCCGGAGGACAUCUAUUUCGAGAAGAUCGCGGUGUAUCUGGAUUGGCCGGCCGGCGUUUUGUCGUUCUACACGGUCUCCGUGAACCCGAGCACGCUGAUACACAUAUACACGUUCCACGCCCACUUCACAGAGCCGGUUUACCCCCUGUUUACCCUCAUGCAUCGGGGAGUUAAAGUGGUCCUGGAGACCUCAGACUCCUGACUGGAAUGUACAAGUUGAUGGAUUGUCUGGACUAUAAAGACGUGAAGGUGUGGUUGUCCUUAUGCAAGGGUUGAACCCAGGUCAUCCUUCCCAUGUUUACUUUAUCCAUCCAGGUCAGGGACACGGUGGAACCAGAGCUUUCAUAGAAUGCAUGACAUAAAUUCAACACUUAUUUAUUUACACUUUUCGAUGUACACGUACGGGUAACACAGACGGACCAUGGGGAACAUCACAUGGGUGGUGAACAGAGGGUAAGUUUAUACCCGGGAUGCUCGAGCUGUGCAGCACCACAGGGGGGUGACCUGGAGCCUAUCACGGCUUUUCAAUAGGCGCAAAGCACACAGUAACACCCUGGAGACGCAUACAAUUUUGACUGGAUGUGUCCCAACAAGCUAAGAUAUGCAGUUUUUUGGGUUAUUUAUUAUACUGUUGGGCAGUUGUAGCCUAGCGGUUAAGGUACUGAACUAGUAAGCAGAAGGUUGCCGGUUCAGACCCCACCACUGCCAGGUUGCCACCGUUGAGCGUGGCCCUUAACCCUGUCCGCUCCAAGGGCGCCCAAGAGUCCAAACAAGCUAAGAUAUGCAGUUUUUUUAAUGGUAUUGUUGGGCAGUUAUAGCCUAGGGAUUAAGGUACUGGAUUAGUAAUCAAAAGGUCAUUGGUUCAAACCCCAUCACUGCCAGGUUGCCACUGUUGAGCCCUUGAGUGUGGCCCUUAACCCUGUCCUCUCCAAGGGCGUCCAAGCGUCCAAACAUGCUAAGAUAUGCAGACUGUUGAGCAAUUGUAGCCUAGCGGUUAAGGUACUGGACUGGUAAUCAAAAGGUCAUAGGUUCAAGCCCCACCGCUGCCGGGUUGCCACCAUUGGGCCCUUGAGCAAGGCCCUUAACCCUCAAUUGCUCAGACUGUAUAAAUAAAGCGUCCGCUAAAUGCUAAAAAUGUAAACGUACCGCACAUGUGUAGACGUAAAGACGAAUAAAGGCGUCAUUAUAAUAUUA